CCCCCCCCCCCCCCACCUGCUUUUUUUUUUAAUUUAAAAAAAUAACCCAAACAAGUUCUCUGCGAAGCCAUGGAAGUGGAUCAGCCGCGUUGGAUGACACAUCACCAUCCAGCGGUGUUAAAUGGACAGCACCCGGAUUCUCACCAUCCCGGGCUCAGCCAUGGCUAUGUGGACUCCUCGCCCUAUCUCCCGUCCGAAGAAGUGGAUGUACUGUUCAACAUCGACAGCCAAGGCAACCACGUCUCGUCUUAUUAUGGCAACUCGGUCAGAGCCGCCGUUCAGAGAUAUCCACCGCCACAUCACGGGAGUCAGGUCUGCCGUCCUCCCUUGCUUCACAGCUCCCUGUCCUGGAUAGAUGGAGGCAAGGCUCUUGCCUCCCACCACAAUGCUUCGCCAUGGAAUCUGAGUGCUUUCAGCAAGGCCCCCCUUCACCACGGCUCCCCGGGGGCUCUUUCAGUCUACCCUCCAUCCUCCUCCUCGUCCCUCUCCACAGGACAUUCCAGCCCCCACCUGUUCACCUUCCCCCCGACCCCACCCAAGGAUGUCUCCCCCGACCCUAACAUCUCCGGUGCUGGAUCCAACGGCUCGGGCCGACAGGAGGACAAGGAGUGCGUGAAAUAUCUGACCGAGGGAAUGAAACUGGAGACAUCCUCUCACCUGAGAGGCAGCAUGGGAUCACUAGGAGGAGGUGCGAGCUCGGCACAUCACCCCCUGGCUUCUUACCCGCCUUACGUCUCAGAGUAUGGCGCUGGGCUGUUCCCCCCUGGCAGUCUGUUGGGUGCGUCUCCCCCAGGCUUCCCGUCGAAAGCAAGACCCAAGGCCCGCUCCAGCACAGGGGAUCGGGAAAAAAUACCUCGGGACUGUAAAUUGCACCAUUUGGAGGUUGACCGAGCAAGCUGUAGUGAGCUGGGCAUUUGUUCAUUCGACAUUUUAAUAGAAGGUCGUGAAUGUGUGAACUGUGGAGCCACUUCUACUCCACUGUGGAGAAGAGAUGGGACAGGACAUUAUCUGUGCAAUGCCUGUGGUCUGUACCACAAAAUGAAUGGGCAGAACCGACCACUCAUUAAACCCAAGAGGAGAUUGUCUGCUGCCAGGCGAGCGGGCACAUCAUGUGCUAACUGCCAAACGACCACCACCACAUUGUGGAGAAGGAAUGCCAAUGGGGACCCUGUGUGCAACGCGUGUGGAUUGUAUUACAAACUACACAACAUUAACCGACCACUGACCAUGAAGAAGGAAGGCAUCCAGACGAGGAACAGGAAGAUGUCCAGCAAAUCCAAAAAGGCCAAAAAAUGCCACGACGGGCUGGAUGAGUUCUCGAAGAGCCUGAUGGAGAAAGCGAGCUCCUUCAGCCCUGCCACGCUCUCAAGACACAUGUCUCCCAUCGGGCACAUCCCACACUUCAGCCAUGCAGGCCACAUGCUGUCGACACCGACACCCAUGCACCCCUCGUCCGGCCUCUCCUUCGGACCCCACCAUCCCUCCAACAUGGUCUCCGCCAUGGGAUAAGCAAGACUCUGCUCUUCAGCCAACCGAGCGAAGGAGUGGAAUUGGCUUUGCAUUGACAUUUUUCAUACGAAUUAUAUAUAUAUAUAUAGAAAUAACUCCCCCUUCUCUCUUUUCUCUCUCUCUCUCCCAUUAUCACCACCUCCCACCUCUCGCACAAACACUCCUUUCCUUACUUCCCACGCUUUACCUCCCACACCAACACCCAAGUUUUCCGAUGACAAGAAGCCGACGAGAUUUGGGGGACAUAGGCAA